AUGCUUGAGUAUGCAACUAAGUUUACGAUGAAUGGCAAGUACAUUGUCAGGCUAUCUGGAAAGAAUACAUACGUUGGCCUGUUUACGCUUGAUGCUCUGCGCGGUGUCGGUGAUGUUCCAGAGUUGGAUAUCUUGGAACGCUCCAUGCUUAGCAAGAUGAAACUUCAACCAUUGUCUGAUGAAGAGAGAAAGACGCUUUUCAACGAGGAGAUCGAAGUAGAAGAAGAAGUACCAGUAGAAGGACCAACAGAUAAAUCCAAGGUGAUAUGGAAAAAACUUAACAAGUACUUGGAAUAUUCCGAGAAUGUACUUGUAAAUGGAAUGCACAUUCUCAAGAUGCGCAAAAAAGACACUGUAAUCGGCUUGAUGACUGAUGACCAUAUUGCUGCAGAGAAUGUAGAGUGUCAUUCUCUUAGCCAGAAGGAAAAAGAGAAGUUGUUUGCUAUGGGAUUUAAACCGCAUGAGCAUAAGCAAAGCUUGCCACAGAAAGAUGAGAGCACAUGUGAGGAUGAUAAAGAUGCUGAGGGCGAUAAAGAUGCUGAGGGCGAUAAAGAUGCUGAGGAUGACAAAGAUGCGGUGGGUGAUAAAGAUGCUGAAGAUGACAAAGAUGCUGAGGGUGAUAACGAUGCUGAGGAUGACAAAGAUGCUGAGGGUGAUAACGAUGCUGAAGAUGAUAAAGAUGCUGAGGAUGAUAAAGAUGCUGAGGAUGUUAUGUGGAAAAGUCGAGACAAAUUUACCAACAACAAACAAAAGCAGAAGUUAAUUGCCAUGGGGUUCACGAUCGAGGAAUUGCCUAAAUUGUACUCUCCAGAUGUAAAGUUUUGGUAG